CUAUUGCUGUUGCAAAGGUACUUCCACGCAUGCACUGAGAUGUGCCAGGGGCGAAGCUAGAUUUUGAUGAAAUUUGUGAUCCUGGAAUCGCAUAAAAUGGCACCAUCUAUGCCAAGGAAAAAGAAAGACGGUUCUAAGGGCAUGAAGGGAUGUACGAAUGUGAAAACUGCCGGAGAUGUCACGAAAGAAAAAGUUUCUAAAACUCGAUCCAGCAGCAGGAGAGGCAAAACUGUGGAUCAGGAUGCAGAGGAGAAAGCAAGAGAUGACUCAAUUGGUGGCAUCAUCAUCAGAGGGAGUGAGGAGUCCAUGAUUCCAGCCCAAACACCAAGGGAUCUACGCAGCGCCAAUAUAGUUCAUCAAAUCUACAGACAUACCACGGGACAGAGGUUUAGACAAGGCCUAAAGCAGGCCACCAUACAACCAUUUGUGCAACAACUUUCAGAAUUCAGAGUGAGUCAUGGAGCAAGUCCUUUCGACAGGCGUGUGACUGCCCUUGAAUGGCACCCAACGCAUCCCACAAUGCUCGCUGUGGGGUCAAAGGGCGGUGACCUUAUGCUGUGGGAUUAUGUCAAAGGUCAAGAUGGAUGGACAGUUGUUCCAGGAAUUGGUAAGGGGGGCUCUGUCCAAGCUCUAAGACAUGACCUUUCUGACCCCAACUGGAUAUUCACUUCCUCUAUCGAUGGUAUGGUGAGUCGUCUCAGCUUUGACGGUCAGCCGAAGAAGAUUUACCUCAAUACCAAUGACUGGAACCGUUGGUAUUGCUCGGUGGAUAUCAACUAUACAGACAAUGUGCUGGCAACAGGAGAUAACUUUGGUAAUGUGGUGCUGAUGUCUCGAGAAGGAGAGCAGAUGUGGUCGAAAAGGCUCCACAAACAGAAGGUGACCCAUUGUGAAUUCAAUCAACGCUGCCCCUGGCUCCUGGCAACCGCUUCCACAGACAAGACAGUGAAGAUGUGGGACAUACGGAACGUCACCAACAAGAACGGCUACCUCUAUCAGAUGGCCCACGAAAGACCAAUCAAUUCAGCACAUUUCAGCCCAGAUGGGACUAAGCUACUCACAACAGACCAACACAGCCACAUUCGGGUCUACUCCGGCCCUCUCUGGGACACGCUGGAGAGGACCAUCAUUCAUCCUCACAGGUUCUUUCAGCAUUUAACGCCUAUCAAGGCUACCUGGCACCCGUUCCAGAACCUCAUUGUUGUCGGCAGAUAUCCCGAUGCAACCUUGAAGUCAUUUGAACAUGAUACGGUGCGAUCGGUAGAUGCUUAUGAUGUAGGUACUGGGGAGUUAGUCUGUAGGCUAAUGGAUCAAUGUGCUAAGGGUAUCCAAUCGUUGAAUGUAUUCAAUCCAAGCGGUGAUGCCUUGGCCACAGGAAUGGGGUUGAAUACGUUGAUAUGGCAGAACGCAGACAUCCGAGCUCUGGUGAGGGAAGAGCAGAGGGAGAUAUUGAGGAGACAAGGGAAGGAGCCGCCUCCCGACGCGGCCCCCUCGAAGAAAGCACCAAAGAGGCACAGAAGCAACGAUCAGAAGCUGACGCAGAAGCUUCAGACCAUGAAGAAAGUCAAGAAUAGCAGAUGAACAAAGCAAGUCUUCAGUCAUUACCAUCAGAAAGGCUAGUAACAGACCUUAGAGCAACAAUCAAAAGCUGAUGCAGCAACUGAAAGCCUUGAAGAAAGUUUAAAAUAGUAGAUGAAUGAAUAGAAACAAGUUUUCAGUGAUCAAUUUCAUGAUUGGAAAAGCUAUCAGAGACUUGAAGCAAGAAUGAAAAGCCGAUGAAGGAAACUUUAAACCAUGACGAAAGUUUGGAAAGCAAGUGAAGGAAGACAAGUUCCCAUUGAUCAUUGUUGAUAAUGCUAGUUGUUCAUUGAUCAUUGUUGAUAAUGCUAGCUGGACAUUGGAGCAAUGAUAAAAAGCUGAUGCAGAAACUUCAAACCAUGAAGAAAGUGAGGAAAGUGGGUGAAGGUUACAGGUCUUCAUAGCUCAUUGUUAGAAAGGCUAGUAAUUGAAACUGAAGCAACUGUAAAUAAAAAGCUAACACAAAAGCUACAACUUUUGAAAAAAGUUUUGACAGCAAUUGCAGAAAACAAGUCUUCAGGGAUCUUUUGUAAGAAAGCUUAUCACAAAUAUUGAAGCAUUUGUCCAAAGCAUACAUGCAAUUUAAAACCAUGGAGAAAGUUGGAGUAGCAGGUGGACAGGCCAAGUCUUCUUUGAUCUUUAGAGGGAAAGCUUGUAGAAGCCUUGAAGCAACCAUGUAGCGCUAAAGAUAAUGCAGAACCCCAUGGAUAAAGGAAACAAAAGCAGUAGAAUAAGUAAAGCCUCAUAGGACAAUAUUGCGGUGACAUGUUAGUGAUGAUGCUACCUCAAAUUCAUGAAGGAAUGAAGCAUGUGAAGUGAAUAAGACAUGUCAACCAGUGGGAAACUUUGUAAGAGACAUGUUAGCAUGAACUAAAACAUGAUUUUCUGAACCUUGAGGCCACCGCACCCCUUACGAUUGGUCUGUGACCGGAUUUUGAAAUGAAAUAUAUUAAAAUUUGAUGCGAAUGUUAAGGCAUGAAACAUCUUACUCUAUAAAGUUCUAAAUCAUCGUACAAAUACCUAAGCUCAAUCUGACUAUGCUACCAUCAUGAAAAUAAAAGCAAAUUGAAUACCUACUUGUCAUGACGUAGCAAUCGUAUCAUAUUAAUACGAUUUGAGACAAAUAUUGCUUUUACUUCAAAAUGAAGGCUUGAAAUCAUCAAAACUUGCUUACAUUUAGUGUUCUUACAGUUAAUUUGAACCUAAGAUAAAAAGACACUUUUCAUUUAUAUUUAAAGAAAAUAUGCAAAGUGCGAUUUGUUUCAAAAUCAGAUCUUGGACCAGUCGUAAUACAUGCAGAUGGCUUUACCGGAGAGAGAAACAGGUGAUAUUGCACAAUACAUAAAAACAAUUCAUGAAGAGCUCUUGAGAUCUUUUGCAGCAUUUAUAGAUGACACAAGAAGAACAAUUGACGAAUUAGUCAAUUGUUAUUGGGGUUGUCAUUUAGAAAUUAGUGUUUUCCAUGACUUGAUGCGAUUCUAGCAGGUUUGGCAUUUUUUGUAAUGUCUCUUUUUUACAUCAUAAACAAGUUUUUCUCUUCCUCUUCAGGAUUCAUUUUGUUAAAUAUUUGUAUUUUGGUGCCAUAUCACCAUGAUGGAAACACCUUGGUAAUUGAAGAUUAAAGCAGUAUAUAUUUUUUGA